UUAUGACGUAUUGCUCUGCAAACAAGCUCAGCCGACAUCAAAGGGGGUUAAGGUAGUGAACAAGUGUACAUGUACAAGCUAGUUGGUUAGCACUAGCACUCUACAGCGUACAGCGCUCUGGACCUUACCUUAGAUCACUAAACAUUUUAGUAGGAAUUGGAGUGGCUUUACAAAAACCCCUUGCUUCUGAUUGGUUCCAAUCAUGUCGAAGCUAGCCUACGAGAAUUUUCAUAACUGGGGUGUGGAGGAGGUGUCCUCCUGGCUCGGGGAGAUCCACCUCUCCAAUCAUAUCCCAUCGUUUGAGCGUAACCAGAUUACCGGAGCUCAUCUAGUCGAACUCUCGGACAAAGAUCUUCGAGAUCAACUGAGAGUGGUCAAACCUUCUGAACUCAUGGCUCUGAAAGGGGCCAUAGCAACAUUGAUGCACCCACCACCAAAGAAAGGACAAAGCAGAACAAUGAGUGUAUUACCUAAACGAGACAGGUCCGGCUCUGGUGGUAAUUCAAAACAGCUGCAGUCACCGUUGGGUGCACGAACCCAAACGCUCCCUCAAAUGCACACCAACUGGUCGACGACACUACCUAGUGGUGUGAUAGAGAGGUCCGUCAUACUUGCCCCUGAUUUAAGAGAAGGCUCUGCUCAACAGCUGUUGGAUGAUAAGUGUCGCUACAGUGGCUGGAUCAGGAAACAAGGAGGUGGUCACAAGAGUUGGAAACGUCGCUACCUCAUUCUGAGGGCUGGUUGUCUCUACUACUUCAGUAAUGAAACGGCCCAUUCUCCAAAGGGAAAAUUUGUCCUCUCGGGAUAUGAGGUGUCGAUUUGCCGUGAAACAGAAAUAGUUAAGAAAUAUCCAUUUGUGCUCAAGGUUUCACCUUUGAACCCUCAAGUUAGAACCUACUUUGUGUCAUUUGGAUCAAAAGGAGAACUAGAGAGAUGGAAGAGAGAAUUGGACGAAGAGAUACAUCAGUACAAUCAGAGCAUCACAGAGCGGGUGGUGAUGCCCCUGGGCAGUCCACCCCCGGGAUCAUUUGGUGAGGACGAGGAAGAGGAACAAGAUGGCGGCUCUCCACACCGUAUCUAUGACAAAGUGGAAGAUGACCCUGAAUCUCCCUACGAGAAACUGGACACCAACAUCUACGAUGACCCAUUCAACGGAGAGGAGGGAGUGUAUGACAGAGUGGAGGAUCCAUCGGUGAGUGGUAGGCCCGAGGUGCCCACCCGCUCACGAGUGUCCCUACAACCGACCCCAGGCAGCGUGGUACUGGACAACACUACUGGAGAAGAUGUUGAUGAGGAGACUGACAUCUACCUGCCUAUCAUUGGCGAGAACUCCACUGUGUUACCGCAAGUGGAGCGCUCAGUCUCCUCCCCCUCAGCCUCCACCGAGAAACCACCUCUCGACGAUGAUUAUGUGGACCCCUCUGAUGAAGAGGCGGAGGGCAGUGAUCCUGACAGUGACCCUGACAGUGAUGGAGGCUAUUACAUUAUGUUUCGUAAGCCUGACGAGCUCAUGCCCCCGUCCUGCCUCUUUGACCAACUGGAGAGAGUUGACGCCGAUAAGUUGCUACGCCAACUGAAUGUGGACGGGACAUACCUGAUACGAGAGGGGAGGCGGGCUGGUGCAGAGAAGGUCCUCUCAGUUUGGCACAUAGAUCGCUGUCGGCACUACAAGCUAUUCAAAGAUGAAGAGAGCUUCUUCUCGUUAACACAAGGUCAAAGGUUCAGGAGUUUGCCAGAGCUGCUCCAGUAUUAUAGCUUACAGUCCCAUCUCCCGCGGUCAGACUUUUAUCUUGGUAAUCCUUAUUGUCCGUAGACUGUCUUCAGCUCAGGCAGCUGCUUCUAAUUUCUUUGUUUGUUUCAGAGAACCUAGUUUUUGUGCUUUUUAGCUAGUUCAGCCAAAAUUGAGUUUGUGUACAUUGUAUGCAUGUAGCCAGUAUAGACGUUCCACUUGUGCCAUACGUUAUGCUGGGCUGUGUAUAAUUUGUUGUGUGUCACAGAGCUCGUUUGUAUUGUUAUACUGUCAUAAUUAUAUUACUUGUUGGCCUGGUUACUCUUUUGUUUGCAAUAAUCCACCAACAAGUAAUUUUGAUGAUAAAUUGCUUAUUUUGUUGA